GAGCCCCCGGUGGGGCUGUCCCGGGGCACAGGGCCCAUACAGCCUGCUGUCCCACCAGGCUCCAGCGCCACGGGCUCGGGGGGGCCCUUCCUCGGGAACCAGCCUCAGGCAGCCGUCAUGAAGCAGAUGCUGAUAGAGCAGAGAGCCCAGCUCCACGUGAUAGAGCAGCAGAAACAGCAGUUUCUCAGAGAGCAAAGGCAGCAGCAGCAGAUCCUAGAGGAACAGCAGUUGCAGCAGCAGUCACAUUUGCCUCGGCAGCACCUGCACCAGCAGCGGAGCCCGUACCCAGUGCAGCAGGUCAAUCAGUUCCAAGGUUCGCCCCAGGAUAUAGCGUCUGUGAGAAGCCAAGCAGCGCUGCAGAGCAUGAGGACGUCCCGAAUGAUGGCCCAGAAUGCUGUGGUGGCCGUGGGGCCCCCCCAGAACCCAGGCACGCUGCCCACGACUGCGGGUCAGUCAGAUGUCGGCAUGGCUCCCUACGGCAACACCUCCAGCCAGCAGGGAAUGUACAGCGUGAGCGCAGGGAUGAGCCAAAUGUUGCAGCACCCAAACCAAAGCGGCAUAAACAUGGCACAUAAUGCAGGCCAGGGAAUGAGGCAGCCUGGCUCUGGACAAGCUGUGGGAAUAGUUGGCAAUUUUGGUCAGAACAUGCUGGUAAACUCUGCUCUUUCCCAGCAUCAGCAGCAGAUGAAAGGACCUGUGGGCCAGGUCUUACCAAGGCCACAAGCACCACGACUUCAGAACCUGAUGGGGACUGUCCCUCAAGGAACGCAGAACUGGCAGCAACGAGGCUUACAGGGCAUACCUGGAAGGACUAGCAGUGAAAUGGGGCCCUUCAGUAACGGCACCACGUACACCAUGCAGCCUGGGCAGCCACGACUGUCCAAGCAACAUUUCCCACAGGGUCUUAACCAGACAGUUGUGGACACCAGUGGAACUGUGAGAGCCCUCAACCCAGCGCUGGGGAGGCAGUUGCUGCAGCCACUGCCUGGGCAGCAAACAGCCAGCCACUCCAGGCCGAUGGUAAUGCCAGCAAUAAGCCAAGGGGUCCCCACCAUGUCAGGCUUCAGUCAGCCCGCGACGCAGCAAGUGCCUGGUGGUAACUUUGCUCAGAGCAGCCAAGGCCAGGCCUAUGAGAGGAAUCCCACUCAGGACAUAUCUUACAACUACAGUAAUGAAGGAGCAGGGGGGUCGUUCUCCAGUUUAGCAGAGGGUGCAGACCUUGUGGAUUCCAUCAUUAAGAGCGGACCAGGGGAUGAGUGGAUACAGGAACUUGAUGAGUUGUUUGGAAACCCCCAGUGAAUGGGCUUGUAUAGUCUGGAGCUUUGGUUAUUAUGUUUGGAAAAGAAAAGAGAGAGCUGGAUGUCCUCC